GUUGAAGUAGCAGCAGAUACACAGAUAAAUGAGAGAAAUUUUGAGGUUUGUCUCCUCACUAGACUAUGAGCUCCUUGAAAGAAGGAAUCGUGUCUUACUCAGCUUUAUAUCCACAGUGUCUAGAACAGUUCCUGGUGCAAAGUUUAAGCUGAAUUUUGGGACAUGGCCACUGCUUCACCAAGGUCUGAUACUAGUAAUGGUAACCACAGUGGAAGGUUACAGUUACAGGUAACUGUUUCUAGUGCCAAACUAAAAAGGAAAAAGAACUGGUUUGGAACAGCAAUAUAUACAGAAGUAGUUGUAGAUGGAGAAAGUAAGAAAACAGCAAAAUCCAGUAGUUCUUCUAAUCCAAAGUGGGAUGAGCAGCUAACUGUAAAUGUGACCCCACAGACCACAUUGGAGUUCCGAGUUUGGAGUCAUCACACUUUAAAAGCAGAUGCUUUAUUAGGGAGAGCAACGAUAGAUUUGAAACAAGCCCUCUUAGUACACAAUAGAAAAUUGGAAAGAGUGAAAGAACAAUUAAAACUUUCCUUGGAAACCAAGAAUGGUUUAGUGCAAACUGGUGAAUUAACCGUUGUGCUCGAUGGACUGGUGAUCGAGCAAGAAAAUGUAACAAACUGCAGCUCAUCUCCAGCCAUAGAAAUACAGCAAAAUGGUGAUGCCUUACAUGAAAAUGGAGAGCCUUCAGCAAGGACAGCCACCAGGUUGGCCGCUGAGGGGACUAAUGGAAUAGAUAAUCAUGUACCUACAAGCACUGUGGUACAAAACUCAUGCUGUUCAUACGUAGUUAAUGGAGACAGCGCACCCUCAUCUCCAUCUCAGGUUGCUGCCAGACCCAAAAACACACCAGCUCCAAAACCACUCACAUCUGAGCCUGCCAAUGACACUGUCAAUGGAGAAUCAUCCUCAUCUGCACCAACUGGUGAUGCUUCCACCGCGGGUACCGCAGGAGUGGCUGAAGAAACCACCUUGUCGUCAAAUUGCAUUAGCACUGCUGUCGAAGAUCCUCCAGUUCAGGAAAUCCUGGCUUCCUCAGAAAACAGUGAAUGUAUUCAUCCUAACGGUGCAGCAUUCGGAGCUGAGGCUAGAAGCGCGUUAGACCCUUCCACCUCCAAUUCUGGAAGUAGCUCAGCUUCUGAAGCAGCCAAAUUAAGACAGCCAGAGGGGAGCGUGGAACCCACGCGGCCGCAGUCUGCAAACGCCAGCACAGAGACUCUGCCCUCGGGGUGGGAACAGAGAAAAGAUCCUCAUGGUAGAACCUAUUAUGUGGAUCAUAACACUCGAACCACCACGUGGGAGAGGCCGCAGCCUUUACCUCCGGGUUGGGAAAGAAGAGUCGAUGAUCGGGGAAGAGUUUACUAUGUGGAUCAUAACACGAGAACGACCACCUGGCAGCGGCCCACCAUGGAGUCUGUCCGGAACUUUGAGCAGUGGCAAUCCCAGCGGAGCCAGCUGCAGGGGGCCAUGCAGCAGUUCAACCAGCGGUACCUCUACUCGGCUUCAAUGUUAGCUGCAGAAAAUGACCCGUACGGGCCUUUGCCACCAGGCUGGGAAAAAAGAGUGGAUUCAACAGACAGAGUUUACUUUGUGAAUCAUAACACGAAAACAACCCAGUGGGAGGACCCCAGGACUCAAGGCUUACAGAACGAAGAACCCCUGCCGGAAGGCUGGGAAAUCAGGUACACCCGGGAAGGCGUGAGGUACUUUGUUGAUCAUAACACAAGAACAACAACUUUCAAAGAUCCUCGCAAUGGGAAGUCGUCUGUAACAAAAGGAGGUCCACAGAUUGCUUACGAACGCAGCUUUAGGUGGAAGCUCGCUCACUUCCGUUAUCUGUGCCAGUCAAACGCGCUACCCAGCCAUGUAAAGAUCAACGUGUCCCGGCAGACGCUGUUUGAAGAUUCCUUCCAACAGGUAAGAAAGAAUUCAUCAGAACGGAAUAGUGCCGUCAGCCCGCCCUCUGUAUCUGCAGCUCUUGAAUCCAUGGCUUCAGCCAACGUAUGUAAGGGUGAAUUUAAGAUCAUUUUUAAAUUCACACGUAUAUAUAUGACUGCUGAAAAUAAUGUUGACUUAUUUUCUUAUAGAGAAUGGUUUUUCUUACUUUCACACGAAGUUUUGAACCCCAUGUAUUGCUUAUUUGAGUAUGCUGGCAAGAACAAUUAUUGUCUACAGAUAAAUCCUGCAUCAACCAUUAAUCCAGACCACCUUUCCUACUUCUGUUUUAUUGGUCGCUUUAUUGCUAUGGCGCUUUUUCACGGGAAGUUUAUUGACACUGGCUUCUCUUUGCCCUUCUACAAGCGCAUGCUAAGUAAAAAACUGACUAUUAAGGAUUUGGAAUCUAUUGACACUGAGUUUUAUAACUCCCUUAUCUGGAUAAGAGACAACAACAUUGAAGAAUGUGGCUUGGAAAUGUACUUCUCUGUUGACAUGGAGAUUUUGGGAAAAGUCACUUCACAUGACUUGAAGCUGGGAGGUUCCAAUAUCCUGGUGACGGAGGAGAACAAGGAUGAGUACAUUGGUUUAAUGACGGAGUGGCGUUUUUCUCGAGGAGUGCAAGAACAGACCAAAGCUUUCCUCGACGGUUUUAAUGAAGUUGUUCCCCUGCAGUGGCUGCAGUACUUCGAUGAAAAAGAACUGGAGGUCAUGCUGUGCGGCAUGCAGGAGGUGGACCUGGCGGACUGGCAGAGAAACACCGUGUACCGGCAUUACACGCGGAACAGCAAGCAGAUCAUUUGGUUCUGGCAGUUUGUGAAGGAGACGGACAACGAAGUAAGAAUGCGGCUCCUGCAGUUCGUCACGGGCACCUGCCGUCUGCCGCUGGGGGGAUUCGCCGAGCUCAUGGGAAGUAAUGGGCCUCAAAAAUUUUGCAUUGAAAAAGUUGGCAAAGACACUUGGUUACCAAGAAGCCACACAUGUUUUAAUCGCUUGGAUCUACCACCAUAUAAGAGUUAUGAACAACUAAAGGAAAAACUUCUUUUUGCAAUAGAAGAGACAGAGGGAUUUGGACAAGAAUGAAUGUGGCUUCUUGUCUUGGAGGAGCUCUUGCAUUUAAAUGCCCCAGCCAAGAAAAAUUGCACAGAUAGUGUAUAUAAGCUGUUCAUUCUGUACAGUGAAUUUUCUGAACCUCUCAAAGUAUAAAUGUUUUCCGUUCUUCCACAGAAAUAUGCAAAACAGUUCAUCCUUUUCUACUUUAUUUAUUGUUCCCUUGAAGUGACUGACCAGGAAAAAGAUCAUCCUUAAAUUUUGAAGCAAGCAAGAGACUUUAUUAAAAAUAAUAAGUAUAUAUCUAUAUAAGCAUAUAUGAUAGUGGCUCUAGUUUUAUAGAGCGCCAAGUGUAUUAAACAUGACAGCCGUUCAUUCAAAAAAAUAAUCUGGAUUUGCUUUACCUUGUUUCUGUUAUCCAGGGGAAGAAGUUCAAGUUGCUCCAUGUUUUUCUCCCUCACGUAACAUCUCCUGAGGGUGUUUAGUUGCAUGGCUGUGCAGGAAGGUAUUAAGGGCUUAGGCCAAAUCUUUGAUAUGUUUUAAAAAAUGCUGCUGGCUUUUCUGAAGACAGGUGCUUGAACCUGUCGAUUUGUUUUAAAUAAAUAUAAUAGUUGAAAAUUUCCCUCUUUGCUACAUCACUAAUAUAGUUAAAAAGUCAUGAAUGAAAUUGUAACUUACAUGGAAGUCAUAUACUAGAUCCCGUGCCAUGUAGUUUAUCCUAGAAAUUGGAGAGAAUUCAUUGAGCAGCUUAGGCGUUUGUUUACAUGUGUCUUUGGGAUGCUAGGUGUUCGUGGAAUUAAAGAAUCAGACAUUUCUGUACUUUUGUUUUAAAAAUCUGUGAUGUUCUUUAAAUUUAAUUCAUAAUAAAUUGAUGCAGUUUGAUACCUAGGAA